AUGUGGUGGGAAAUUGGAGCGUGCAAUUACUAUAAAUUGCCAUGUAAAGCUCAGAGUUAAUCAUAGUCAUCAGUGAAUUCUCUUGAUACAUACAAAUAAAAAAUUAAAUAAUAAUGAACUCAAUUAUUGUAUUUGCAGUGUUUUUGGCAAUUGCCCAAGCUGAAGUUAUCAGUGCUUCAACAUCGUCAACAAUCACUGAUACUGAACGUGAUCGUGAUCAGCCUGAUACUCUAAUUCAAACAGAGCCCUAUGAUGCCAAUCCACAAUACAGUUACAGCUACAGUGUUGCUGAUGGUUUAACAGGUGAUAACAAGGCUCAAGAAGAGACAAGAAAUGGUGAUCAAGUUAGAGGAAGUUACAGUUUAGUUGAACCGACUGGUUCAAGACGUAUUGUUUCAUAUGCAUCAGAUCCAUUGAAUGGAUUUAAUGCUGUUAUUCAAAGAGAUCCAACUGUUACUUUAUCAGCACGUACUAUUGCAACAGCACCAGUUUAUAGAUCAUCUCAAACUGGUCAAAUAAUUGAUCAACAAUCUGGACCAACUGCUGUUUUUGCAACUGCCAAUGCAAAUGUUCAUCGUCAAUCAACUUUGGUGAGUUCAUCAUCACCAUACUUGUCAUCUGGACUUGGUGUCAAUGUUCGUGCUAGUUCUCUCUACAACAACCAGCCUGUUAUUGGUAACCUUGCCUACGGACCUCUUGGACUUGUACGUGUUCGUUAAAUUCUUCAUUCUAUUGAUCCAUUUUACUACAAUAAAUCCUCGACAUAUUGAUACUGAUCAAGUAUCAAUUUUACACGGUUGAUGGCUAGUGAAAAAAAAAUAUGAAAACAAAAAAAAUUAUCCAAUUAAAAAUGAUUGAUUCUAAAUUAUAUAUACACGAAAUAUACAAUUUAAUUUUUAGUUAAAUUUUUAUUUUACAAUUCAAUCCAUAUUUUAAUUGAUAAUUCAAUUAGCUUUCUGGUUUACUUGGUAAAAUCAGUUAUGUAAAUUUAGCAUAACUCAAUAAUCGAGACGAAUGUCUUGAAAAUUAAAAAAAAAAAAAUCUUGGAAAAAUAAUAAUAAAAAUUUAAUUAAAUUAUGUUCUUGUUGUUUAUAAAUUGAAAGAGCUACUAUUUUACUGAAUGUCUUGAUGAAAUUACUAGAAUAUUUUCUAAUAAACUUACCUCACUGUUUGACUCUUGUUUGGUAGACACGAAGCAGGUACAGCUUGGUGAGAAAAGUAGAAGAACAAGAAGUAGAAUAUUUAUGGAGAUUUAUGGAUUCAUGAACCUGAAGAUGCAGUACUGGUGGUGGGUUUCUCGACCAGCCAAGAAUUUCAGUUUAAAUUAAUUGUCGAUUUAUUGCUUUUGCUUCUUGCAUCGGUUGAAUAUCAAAUGUGUUAUAUCGAAUUAAAAAAUUCUUUUCUUGUAAUAUUCGUUGAAAGUCUUUUACGAUGAUUUAUUACAAUGAAAACGAAUGUUUUAAAUUAUUGGUAGUUAUUUUAAGGUUUAUAUCAAGUAAUAAAAAUUAAUUUUAAUUAUUAUUAUAUUGAACUAAUAACGAUAAUUGAAUUUUACUAGAAAUUAAAUUUGCUGAAAGAAAAUUGGUGCAGGUCAAGUACCAAUGACCCAGAGUUUAUGUAUACAACAAUUUUCUCUUCGUGUGUGGUUUUGUGGUACAGCUGACAAAGACCAAUGCAUGAAUAAGUAAAUUUUGGUGCUGGUGAAAGCUCCAGCCAACUUGGAUAAAGCUCACUGCUGUCUGUCCGGUACAGGUGGCUCAUGAAAUGAUGGAAAUUUCAACUAAAUAUGUUUUGCUGCUUUUCAACUUGAUGAAUCAUCCAAUGUAGAUGUUUUGAAUUUGUCAGUGGAACCUUGAACGUGCUAUAACUCAUUUGUGUAGGUGAAUCUGGAUAGUUGUUGAUAAUUGACAUAAUGAUGAUGGCUAAUU